GUUAGUCAGUCAGUCAGUCAAACAAGCCAAGCAGGCGAUGCGGGCUCGCAUAAUACCGUGGCUGCCGAACUCUCGCGGUGAAGUAGUUUGACACGCACGUGCUCGAACCUGUCGGACACAUUUUGGAUAAACCACACGGCGCGCCUUCCUUCUCCUCUCCUCUUCGUUCUUCUUGUUGUUACUGUUAUUGUUGUUGUUGUUGUUGUUGUUGCUGUUGUUGUUCCUCCUCUUCGUCGGGCUGUUUCGUGGCCGCCGCUUAAAAUUGAUCGAGAGGGAACGGAGACAGUGAACCGGGAACGAACGUGGGAGGCUGCCGAAGAUGAUACUGCGAACAGCCCCCGGGGCCAUCGUCCUUUUUCUCCUACUUACGGGAUCCAUUGCUCAAGACGACGAUUCUUUGACUGGUAGCUUCCUGUCAGGCUUGCUCGAUUCCAUAACGAGUACAGCUAACAGUGCAGACUGUCCAGGAGUAUGCGUGCAUGCGUUCGCAACCUUGAUAUGCUACGAAGUACUCGAGCAUGUGCAAUGCCCUACUAGCAUGCGAUGUUGCAUCGAGGCACCGAUAAACGGUACCGGAACAUCUACCGAGAAUCUUCUCGAAGAUGAUAAUCCAACUUCGACGAUGCUCACCACCAUUAGGACUACGAUGACGUCUGUGAACGUCACCACGCCUCCGCCGACAACUACAACGUCCACGACGUCAUUGGCCCCAAUGAAAACUACCUCGGACAACCAAGUGGAUACGGUGAACAAAACGUCGCCGAAAGCGUGUUCCGGAAUUUGCAUGGCGGAGAGAAUCGCGGAUUACUGCGAUGCCGUUUUGGUGAUAGACACUCUGUGCAAGCCAGGAUUAAAAUGCUGCGUAUCCCGAGACGCAUUCGGAGAUUCACCGCCGCCGGAAUUGUUGGUGAUCGAUCGGACGAAUUCGAGUCGUUUCGACGAAAAGACCGGCAUUAGCACGUUGCACAAAGGACCUUCGUCUUCCACGGUCGCAAGACCGAAUGUGUCCACUUCAACGAGCGUAGCGACAACCGCGUUAACUACGACCGUCGCGAUGACAAAACAGUCGACGACAACGAUAAGGCCGAAGAUCGCAUCGAAGAAACCGUGCAAAGGUGAAUGCGUCAGCGGUUUCUUUGCCCUGCUUUGCGACAAGGUCGACGGCGAAGCUGAAUGUCCUGACGAUGGGUCCUGUUGUGUCAUCGAUGCAUUCUUAAAAACGGAAAGUACAACAACAAUUCGGCCAACCACAAAAUCGCCGCAACCGAAACUACAGUCAUGCCCUGGAUUUUGUUUACUAACAAUCAUGGCAGCCUUCUGUGAACGGCCAAAUUUGAUAAUACCGAAGACGUCCACCUGCCAAUCUGCAUAUAUCUGUUGUGAUAACACAAAAAGCCCGCCGCAGAAAAUAAACAUAGUGACACCAUCUUCUUCGUAUCAGACUCCAAGGCCGAGGCCGAAGCCUACAUCACGGCCGCAGAUUACAACGGUUUUAUUGCCGCCGGAUCCUCGCCCAGAAUGUCCUGGUUCCUGUAUCGUUUCUUACUUGUCUUUCACUUGCUUCAGAAAUGCUGAAUUAACAAAUUUAUUCAAAUGCAAGAAACAAGGACAUCAAUGUUGCGCGCCAAAAUCAUUGAUACGAGAAUUCAGUGGUGGAAACUCAAGCGAACCAGUUCUGGAUAAUAGAAACGAUACUAUGUAUGUAACGUCAAGGCCAUACACAACGCCGCUAACAACGAUGAUAUACGAAACAACGACAAUGACGACAACCAUGAGAAGUCCUGUAUACAGUAAGUAUGUAUGCGGUGUAAAAGGAACUUCUCGUGGACCGGUACAAGCACGUAGCUUUGAAAGAGGUGCGCGUGUUGUUGGUGGUGAAGACGCUGAUGCAAAUGAAUGGUGUUGGCAAGUUGCUUUAAUUAAUUCCCUUAACCAAUAUCUAUGCGGAGGUGCACUUAUCGGGACACAGUGGGUUCUUACAGCAGCACAUUGUGUUACAAACAUCGUGAGAUCUGGAGACGCAAUAUAUGUGAGAGUUGGUGAUCAUGAUCUGACGCGAAAGUAUGGAAGUCCUGGGGCUCAAACUUUACGAGUUGCAACUACUUACAUUCAUCAUAAUCACAACAGUCAAACACUGGACAAUGACAUAGCACUGUUGAAACUUCAUGGACAAGCAGAGCUGAAGGAUGGUGUUUGCCUUGUGUGUUUACCUGCACGGGGUGUUAGCCAUACAGCUGGCAAGCGAUGCACUGUCACUGGUUAUGGAUACAUGGGUGAAGCUGGCCCCAUUCCUCUCAGAGUACGUGAAGCAGAAAUACCAAUCGUGAGCGAUGCUGAAUGUAUAAGAAAAGUAAAUGCAGUCACAGAAAAAAUCUUCAUUUUACCAGCAAGUAGCUUCUGUGCUGGUGGUGAACAAGGCAAUGAUGCAUGUCAGGGUGACGGAGGAGGACCCUUAGUGUGCCAAGAUGAUGGAUUUUAUGAAUUGGCUGGACUUGUUUCAUGGGGUUUUGGUUGCGGAAGAUUGGAUGUUCCUGGCGUUUAUGUGAAAGUUUCGGCAUUCAUUGGCUGGAUCAACCAAAUUAUUUCUGUAAACAACCUUUAGCUCGUUUUAAAAUCUAUUUAUAAAAAUUGAGAGAUUUAUUUAUUAAGAAGACGUGUAGUACCUUUACGCGCUUGAUGACGUAGCAUAUUUUGCUGCGUAUCUAGCAAAGAUUGCGAAAAGAAUUUUGUUUUCAAUGUAUGAUAGAUACAUAUUAUCCUCGUGGCGAAUUCGACUUCAGAAAAUGUUACAAUAUUUGUGACAUAUUUAACGUGAAUGUCUUAGCUUUAACAAAGUGAAUAAAAUUUUCAUAUUAAUAUUUUAUAUAA